CGAGGAAAUCCAGGAAACACAUUCAAAGUGCAGUUUGAGGAUCUCUGCGCUGCCAUUUGGGAUGGCCACCGCGACUCAGUCCUCACUCCAUAUGAGAUCCGCGGAUCUUAUCAUCAAGGAGCCUCUGGACUACGGAGGGUUUGGAGAAGUUUACCUCUGCUAUCAUGUCACUCUGGGCCAGGUGGUGUUAAAGACACUGUAUACAGGCCCUCUGCGAAACGAGGACAGCAAGCGUUCUCUGCUGGAGGAGGGAAGCAUCAUGGCGAGCCUGAACCACGAGCGCGUGGUCAAGUUGCUGGGUGUGAUCAUGGAGGACAGAGACUGCUCUCUCGUCAUGGAACUCAUCCCCAGAGGAAACCUGCUGAACAUGCUGGAAACAGUAGAUGUGCCACUUUCCAUCAAGGGAAGAAUCAUUUUGGAGAUUUUAGAAGGCAUGAUUUAUCUGACAGAAAGACUCGUCAUCCACAAAGACAUCAAGCCAGAAAACAUUUUAGUGGACAAGGACUUUCACAUAAAGAUAGCAGACCUUGGCUUGGCCACCUGCCAGACAUGGAGCAAGCUCACAAAGCAGGAGUCUCGCAGGAAGAGUCGGGGCCGAUCAGCCGGAGCAAGAGGUGCAGGAACGCUGAGCUACAUGGCUCCGGAGCACCUGGAGAGCAUCCACACCGUCUCCACCGAGAAGUCUGACGUCUACAGCUUCGCCAUCGUGCUGUGGGUCAUCCUCACAGGCCAAGAACCGUAUGCCAAUGCGAGAAGCGAAGACCACAUCAGCCAGUGUGUUCGGAACGGCGACCGGCCAGCAGAGGAGCUGGUCCCCGGCGACACGCCCGAGGAGAUGAUCAACCUCAUGAAGAGAUGCUGGCACGACGAUCCACAGCAGCGGCCGACGUUCAAAGAGUGCUAUGAAGCUUUCCUUCCUUUCUACAAGAAACAACUUGAACCACAGGUGGAGGAAGAUUUGCUUCAUUUGGGGAAUAUAUAUGAAGGUCCAGACGAACUGCUCGAGAGGAUGAAAUCUUUGUCACUGACUAAUGAAAGUUUUCCACCAAGUGGUCACGAUUCCCCAGCUCCUUUAGUGAGUUCAGACAGAAGCCUGUCGACUCCAGUUGAAGCCAGUAUUGAAGACCUUCACAACAUCCAGUAUGAACCCUCUGUGGGGGGUCUCCAGACGGACGCGAGACCUGGAGACCUUUCUGUUCUAGAGGAGAAACUGCACCGUGAGUUGCAGUACCACAAGCAUGGCAGCUACAACAGUGAGAACCAGCCUGCAGCGGCCAACUGCUGCCACUCCAAUCCUGUCCAGCCCAACCGCCUCCAAGUAUCAGAUCAGCCACUGAGGCAUCCCGAGCAGGAGAGAUCGUCGGUCCACACCUGGACGAAGGCCGAGCCGGUGCAGCCCAGCAGCCCGGAGGAGGCCUGGUAUCAGCCCGAGUCGGUCAACUCCUCCCUUCUUUCCCCGCUGCCGUCGUCCAUCAGCUCACCUUCGCUCUCACAGCUCAACCAGCAGCACCCCCACUCCCACCUGGACCGCCAGCGGUCCUGGCCGGCAUUCCCAGUGUCUGACACGUCCGCACCGGACAGCACUCUGGGCCGUUUUUUAAACCCUUUGAAAUGUGUCUCGCCACAGGAUCCAGGAUCUCUUUACAUCCAAAAUGUCAGCGGGCUCCAGAUUGGAAGCAAUAACACGAUGAGUAUCAGAGGUCAUGAGUCCCCCCUUAGUUCAUUAUCUGUGCCUGCUAACGACUGCGCUAACUCUCCCAUCAAAGAAGGCAUUAGGAAAUAUGAGGACCGCGCCGUGACCGAGGAGCACCUGGACCUGCUUCGGGACAACAUGGGCGUCAAAUGGAAGCGCUGCGCGCGGCGCCUCGGCCUGACCAGCGUGGAAAUAGAGACCAUAGAGCAUGACUACUACCGGGACGGCCUGCCGGAGAUGGUGCACCAGAUGCUGGAGCGCUGGAAAAUGAAAGAGGGGAGCAUCGGAUGCACCAUCGGGAAGCUUUAUCAGGCAAUAGAAGGCAACAUCAAGGUCGAGGUCAUCCAGAAGAUCCUGAACACCUGCGCCUCUUCGUCCACCAAUUCCUAAAAUGUUGUGAUUGAUGCUGUUUUCAACAAUGCAGCAGAAAUUAUUCAACAAGUUUUUGUGGUCAAAAAAAAAAAGUCUCGUUAAUUUUCAUGAACUCAUUGUCGUCUGUUUACAUGCGAGAACCUGCCUUGUUGUUAAUAUAC